GCUUAUGAGCAGCCCGAAACUUCUUGAAUCAGGAACCUCUUUCUCUACCAUCUAGGGUUGUCUUUCUACUGACCGAGUCGUGAACCAAUCUAGUGUUUUCAUAGAUUUGCUGUAAAGUUUAUAGAUCUGGUUGGUUUGGCAAGGGCACAAAAAUGGAAAAUCCUAAAAUUUCGGCUAAAGAGACGAUCUCGCUGGUCGUUAAAACGCCCAACAAGUUUCACGGUGAUCAGCUGAUCGAGGGAGUGUGCAUGGACUGGACGGUGAAGGAUCUCAAAUGUCACCUCUCGAAGGUUUAUCCCAACAACCCGGCUGAGAAAGAUCAAAGACUAAUUUACUCAGGCAAGCUUCUUCAGGACAACCUGCAUAUAAGAGAUGUUUUCUCUAAGGUGCCUCCAGAUACCAAGCAUACUCUUCACCUGGUGUGUGCUUUGAGACCCCAGUCUUCUGACCAGUUAGGAGCAAGACCUAAAGUAACCUCAGCUACACAGCAGCAGAGUUCCCAGCCCUCCCCACUUACUGCUAGCCAAAGCACAGAGUCUAUUUCUGCAAGACCAUCUGUGACUUCUGUACCCUCUACGGAUGGCCUUAGACAGCGAAAUCAUGCCUCAUCCAUUGUUGCAUGGCCCGACAUUAGUACCGGCACAUCCAUGCCUGUAACAGCUGCAAUGGCCCACCCAACUUUCCCCACCUACUCGCUCUACAGUCCACAACAGCUUCUGUGGUUGCAGCAGAUGUAUGCCUGCCAAUACUACAUGCAAUAUCAUGCUGCCAUGGCAGCUGCCGCCUCAACUCCACUGGCCACCCCUCCCACAGCUUCCUCCCUCCCUGUUGCCCCUCAUCAAGCUGCUAUACCUGCAGCUUUACCCAAUCAGGGCCCCAUCAACAACCUGCCAGCCAAUCAGAAUGCCCCAGGUCCUGCAUUCAUCAACCCAGAUGGUGCAAAUCAGAAUCUACGUAUGAAUGCCCAGGGUGGGCCAGUGAUGGAAGAUGAGGAGGACAUGAACCGUGAUUGGCUUGAUUGGGUGUACACAGCAACCCGAAUGGGAAUCUUCCUGAGCAUUGUGUACUUCUACUCCAGCGUGAGCCGCUUUAUCCUGGUUAUGAGCAGCCUCCUAAUUAUGUACCUACACACAGCAGGCUGGUUUCCUUUUAGACAGAGACCCCAAGCCCAGCCUCAUGAUCAGCCAGUACCAGAGGUCAAUCAGAACCUACAAAACCAGAAUGACAGACAUCCUGGACCGGCACAGCCUCCUGCUGGAGUGGAGGGUGAAGUUGGAGCUCCAGAGGAAGUUGUUCAACCUACCAUGACAGCAGUUCCUGUUCCACCAGUCAGACCACCCACUCUCUGGACAGCCUGGGUCUUCUUCAAAGCCUUCUUUGCUUCCUUGAUACCUGAGCUUCCACAGGGUAUAGGGAACUGAUAAGGAUCCAGAUGGACAGAAAGGACGAGAGUUCAAACCAGAGCCCAAGCCGAUGGCCUGACCAUUUGGAAUGGACAUUAUAUGUAAAUGAAGGCUAAAAGUCCUAGAUUGUUUCACAGUAGCACUUUCUUUGUGACCAACACAUGUGAGCAAGAGCUUUAUCGCUUCCUUUUUCCAAAUGGUUGCACAUUCUGCAAACAAGUGCUAUGGUUUUUACACAGCACUUUAGAUAACCACGUCAGCUUUGAUCAAUGGUAUCAGUCAUUUGAUCCUCAUAUGUCAGGCUCCUGUUACCAGGGUUUAAUUUUCUUUGGAGUGCCCUACGAUGAGAGAUCCAAGGAUUAAACUUGUGGACUAAUCUUAUUAUGGUCCUAGUAAGAUGAACAAUGGGGACCAUACAUGGUGGGUCCUUGGAGAACGCUUUUGUGCAUAGAAUAUAUUGGAGAUUGUGGCUAUUCAUGUUUUCUUUAAGGAAAUAUGCGUACCGGUUCUCUCUUAAUUGUUUUCAACUUGUAAAAUGUGUAAUGUUAAUGUUCAUGAAGAAAGUUUGGUAUGUGUGAGCAGGAAAAUUUGCAAUUCAAAAAGAACAGAAGAGUUGGUUGUUGACCUUGGGAUAAAACUAAACCAGGCAAACCUCACUUUGAAUUCUGCAGCUUCUUUACAAAGAAACUGCACUUUUGGAACAUGUUAUGUAUAACUGAAAACAGGAAAGGACUAGUUCUGAGAGAUGAAAAAGAUAACGUUUUUGAUCUAGAGGUUAUCAACAUUGUAGCAUUGCUUUUAUGUAUAAUUAUGUAAAAUUAUCUUUGUUAUUUACAUUUAUUAAGAUAAGCCUCUUUGUACAAAGAAAUUAUAUAAUAAACACUUCUUUGUUUCA